AACGCGCGAAAUUGAACAAAAAAUCGAAAAUUUCGGCACACAAAUGCACAAUUCUCGAGCUUAUUACGAAAAAGGCAUCCUCAAGAACUGGCAAUCGGGCAUGUUAACGCAAAGUCAAUCGUCGCAGAUUGAAUUCUACGCAAAAAUCAAUCAUGUGAAGACUUUUACGAACAUCUUGAAGGCAAUUUCGUUCUCGGAAGCUGCCUGCAUCCAAAUUGGGGUUCACGGAAUGAAAAUAAUUGUCGAAGAAACACGAACUGUACAAGCUGCAGCUUAUUUCAAGGAAACUGAUGCGAUUUUUGCUGAAUAUCGGUACAAAAAAACAGAUUCAGAUACUGUGACUUCGUUUGGAAUCAACUUAAAAGUCAUUGUUGAGAACCUGAAUAUGUUUUCAGAUCUCGUAUCUGAACACACCGAACUUAAAAUCCUUUAUCGAGGCGAUGGAUCUCCCUUAAUUUUGGUUAUCGAGUGCGAAUUGGAGCAUUUAACGAAAGAAUGUUCGAUUAAAACGCGCGAAUUGGGUUCUUAUUUGGAUCUCGACAUCGAAGAUGAAAAUACAGUGGCUCAAAUUUUGUUUCACGGACUUUGUUUUUACAAUUUUUUGCAUGACGCAUACAAAGCAGUGCCCGGCGCAGAUGAUAUUGAGUUCCAAGUAGCGAAAGAUUCGUUCACGAUAGUUGCCAGAGGCGCAGUUGAUACAUUAGCGGAGUACUUUUUGGACAAAAAUUCGGAUGUUAUCAUGCAAUUUGGAUGUUUGAAGGAGUUGAAAGUACGAUAUCGGAGCUCAAACUUGAAAUUAUUGCUGAAAACGAUGCAAAUGUCGAAGGAAAUUACGUUAAGUUUUGACAAAACGGGCUUGUUGGGAGUUCGGAUGAUGGUAGAGGACGAGAAUCAAGUACAAAGUUACAUCGAAUAUUUCGUUUUUCCCUUGGAUGAUAAGGAAUUGUGAUAGAAAAUUAGUAAAAAAUAUAAAUUUAAGGCAUAAGAAUUAUUUUUUGAACGAAAAAUGUACUUCAA